GCUGUCGAAAAUGGCCUCUAAAAUAGUUCCGUCCAUUGGCGGAACCAGCGGGACCACUCCCCGGCUGUAGCGUUUGGAUAAGAUGAGAUAAGCAAGAUGAUGCCGAAGCUUGCGACCAGAUAUAAUAAUAACCGUUUGUUUGCUCGUGUUGGAGUUGACACAUUAAUAGAAGUUUACGUCGUCCAAAUCGUUUCAGCAGGACAGGAAUUGUUCAUAAGCCAACAUUCAUUCAUAUACUUUCCUUUAUAAGCGUAUGAUCAUAAUCCUUAUGAUUACUAUGAAAGAAACCUCAUCUUAAACAGCUAAUCAGCAUCUCACUUUAUCUGACUCCCGCGUUAGAUAUUGGCCAACCCAAUUGCAAAAGGCAAGGUCGUAUCUCAAAGAGUAUAACAAGAAUCAAGCAGCCAUUAUGUCUCAAUCACCAGAGGAGAAUGAGCCUGGUAGUGACGCGCCCACCAAGGACGAGGAACAGCCAAAAUUACCAACUUUCACUCUUUCUAUUGUCUCUCCUUCGGUAGAGGUCGCAAGUCCAUUGACUUUUCCCCAACUGUUGGUGACCACCACAGUACAAGAAUUGAAAGCAAAGAUCAGAGAAGUCGUGCAAUCAAAGCCGGCCGACUCAGCCCAGAGACUGAUCCACCGUGGCCGAAUGCUCGAGAGGGAAUCGCAAACAAUGUUAGAAGUGUUUGGCCAAGAGAGCCUAUCAUCUCUGGACACUCACACUCUUCAUCUCGUUCUUCGGCCUGCUCCUCCGGAAGCAACCCCAACAAGAGCUGCAGAUUCUCACACACAAAAUAACCCCUCGAAUAUACCCCCUCCUCAAAUAUCGACCCCUUCACCUCAGUUUCGUGCCCAGCCAGCCGCGCAAAAUCUCCACCAACAGCAUCGUGACUUCCACCAUGCCACGCAGACGCAAAGACUGCAGCAAUUACAAAGGGAGGCGGAACGUCUACAGCAAGAACUUGAAGCAGGCACUCGGGCUUAUCGAUCUCAGGUUGGACGCCUUCUCAGUUUGGGAAACAAUAUGCCAACACCGCCCACAGUCACUCGAAAUCCGUACGCAUCUCCAAAUGCGAACCAUACCUCCAUUGAACAACUAAUUGCGCAACAUCAGCAAACAAGACGCGGAGGACCACCUGGGGCACCGGACACUGGCGGACAACCAAGCAUGUUUACGGCUUUAGACGAAAUGAAUUCUGGCAGACCAGCACCUCAACUCAGAGGUCCCGAUCAUAGCUCUACUUAUACUCGGGAGGGUGUCGGCCCAAAUGGGGAGAGGUGGCAAGUGACGAUAAAUGAGACUACAACCACAGUUCCUGCAGGGACAUUUCGAACACCCGAGAGACAUAACCCAUUUCGAUCGCCUGAGCGACGUAGCUAUGGACAACAUCCUGCAUCUCCAGCGGCAAGUACUGGAAAUCCCGCGUUGGAUUUACAAAAUUAUUUGCGCAACGUAGACAGGUUGAGAGUUCCCCAAGCAUCUUCUGCGGUGCCAAGAUCUUCAUCAACUCCUCCAUCAGCGCAACCCGGAACUCAAACUCCAUCUUCUACCCCCACACCUGCGACCACAUCCGCUCCUAGCACGCCUUUAACCGCCAUGCCUCUCAACCCAGCAGCGAGUGCAUCUUUACCAAACCUGAGCUCAACUCCAGCAGCAUCUACCACCAUUACGUCAUCCCAAUCUGUGGAGCCAAUGGUAUACAUACUCACGUCUCCCUCUGGCCCUCGUGCCCUUUUAAUAAACAACUCUGAGACUUUCUAUACACCACGUGUGUCAAGAACCCGUCAGAACAAUGGUUUAGGUGGCCGAGACCUAAUUGGCUUGCCUGAAUAUCGUAAUAGAAAUGCUCAAAGAGCUAGAAUAGGACGUGGAAACCGACAGCGCGCAAACGAAGAAGUUCCUGCUGCAGAUUUCCCGCCUAUUCAUAAUCGUGCUCAUAGACCAGGGGUGCCGGUCGCACUCCAGUUAGUCAAUGUGCUUUGGUUGGUUGUUAGGUUGAUUGGAUUCGUAUGGUUUUUCACCUCUGGAAACAGCAGCUGGUCAAGAUUCUUGAUGAUGAGUGGACUUGCAAUAGUUGUUUUUCUCAUUAACACAGGUGUUCUCACAGGGGUUUUCAAUGGUGUCGCAGAGCAAUUUUGGGGUCCAAUCAGACGACAUCUAGAAAACUUGAUUCCGCUAGCUGGACCAGAUGCUGCACUUGUACCUGCAGCAAAUGCAGCAGUAGUACCACAGAAUGGAGCAGCGGAAGCAAACCCACCUGCUCGGUUACCCCAUGGCCAACUAGACGAGUCUCAAGUUGCAGCAAGGAUACUGGAACAGCAAAGACAAAGACAGGCUCAGCCGGGUUGGCUCAUAACCCAGAUUCGAAGGGCAGAACAUGCUGCGCUCCUUUUUGUAGCGAGUCUAAUCCCGGGUGUAGGAGAAAGACACAUCGCUGCGAGGGAUAAUGCGGCGAGAGAAGCGGAGGCAGCGGCCACUGAGGCUGAAAGACGGCGUGUUGAAGCGGAGACUGCUGAAAAUGGAGAAGCGGGUGCCACUGGACCAGCAAAUGAUGGUGAACAUAUAGAAAGAGCUGUUGAGGAAGGAGAGGCGGGUGGUGAAAAUACAAGGCCAAAUGCAGAGGUCGAGCGCGAAGCGCCACCCCCUGCCCAACCUUUGGUUGUUUGAUUGCCAUUGAUCGCGAGAUACGCAUUAUAAUGGCUGUGGACAUGGUCAAUGGCAUCGGUGAGAUUUUUUUUUGGAGCGCCUCUUUGUUUCCUUGGCAUGUUGCGUGCGAAUUGGCCGUUUAGCGUUUACACUUUUAAUGAUGAGAUGUAGCGGUCGUCAGUCACUUAGGCUAAAUACGUUGAUACCA